AUGGGGACUGCGGUGUCGCACUUAAUCAGACCAACCCGGUCUCACAAGCGGUUUGUCAGGAAGAAGGGGCGCAAAGGGCGCAGAUGGGAUAUCACUGCUCAAGAAUGCGCAAUCGUCACAUUUGGAGACGAACUUCAGUUAUCAACACACAGGGUCAUACCACCAAUUUUGCACAACUUAGCCGGUUUCACAAGUGUUACUGAUACAUCGGCUAAGAGCGUUCUGCCAGUCGCAUUUACGAGUCGACCCUACUAUAGACAAGAUGGUGAGCAUGCUACAGAAAAGUUAUCUCCUAACUGGGAACCAGCCGAUCUCGAAGCAGCAGGUGACCGAGAAUCAGGGAGUAACCAAUCAAUCGAGAAUUCAAUCAAUAAACUUAUCCUACCGAUAACCUAUUGCAUAAACAUGAAUAUUGCGGAAAGUCCAUUAACACGGGUUAUGUUUUUGGAAUUGUACGGUCUAGAUAUGAACAAACUGAGUCAGGAGCAGUUCACUGAUUGGGCUUCUCUAGCCAAACUGCCCAGAACGGCACAAAUGUACGAGCAGUUUCAGCACGACGCGAAAUCAUUUGCAGUUCGGCACACCUUGACAACACUAGAGAACCGCUUUGAUGUGCGCGUGACGAUAGGCGAUUAUGUUCCUUCGUCAGCCGAUUCGGAUGUGAAAGAAAUGAUGAAGCUGUCCGGCGUGAUUCAUGGUGGUCGAGAGGUAUUCAUCUAUGGAGCGUCCGCAUCCAAAAUUAAUUCAGCGGUCAACUAUUUGUGGGCCACCCUAAGCCAACUAAAAAUGGACCAGUUGCUGCUACCGGACAAGCGUAAGUAUUCCGGUUUUGGUGAAGUGGACCUUAUGCAGUGGAUAAAACCCCUAGCUCCGGAUGCACCGGAGCCACUGUUGAUGAGGCUACGUAGACGAGCCAUAA